UGUUCUUCUCCUUCGCAGAACGUCACAGAAAUACAAAGAGCCGUUCUCUCUGUCUGUCUCUUCUAACAGUAUGUAAAUCGUUAAAAAUUCUGAAAAUUAUUUCUCCAAGUCGCUUGAAAUCCAAAAUCCUACACAGAGACAUACAUGGCUUUGUUUAGCUUUUAUCUGUUUCAUCUAAUCUACAUUGUCCUGUUUUCAAGCCUCUGUUUUGCUGCAGACCCAACUGUGUCUUAUGACUUCAAAGUCUCCUACACCACUGCUUCCCCUCUGGGUGUUCCUCAACAGGUUAUUGCAGUUAACGGGCAGUUUCCUGGUCCGCUUAUUAAUGCUACCACCAAUAACCAUGUUAUUGUUAGUGUACAGAAUGAAUUGGAUGAAAAUCUUUUGAUAACUUGGUCUGGAAUCCAAAUGCGGCGUAAUUCAUGGCAAGAUGGUGUGCUUGGAACGAAUUGUCCUAUCCCUCAAGGAUGGAAUUUUACUUAUCAGUUUCAAGUUAAGGAUCAGAUUGGGAGCUUUUUCUAUUUCCCAUCCCUCAGUUUCCAGAGAGCCUCUGGAGGCUUUGGUCCAGUUAUAAUUAAUAAUCGCAAUAUUAUCCCAAUUCCUUUUGCUCAGCCGGAUGGAGACAUUAUCUUUAUGAUUGGUGACUGGUAUACACUAAACCACACGGCAUUAAGGACAACUCUUGACUCUGGAAAAGACCUUGGUAUGCCAGAUGGAGUUCUCAUUAAUGGGAAGGGACCUUUUCGAUACAACACCAGUCUUGUACCUGAUGGAAUUGAGCACGAAUCUAUUCAAGUUGAACCAGGCAAAACUUAUCGAGUUCGUGUGCACAAUGUGGGGAUUUCAACUAGUUUGAACUUCAGAAUUCAGAACCAUAAUAUGCUUCUAGUAGAAACAGAGGGAUUUUAUACUGUGCAACAAAAUUAUACCAACUUUGACAUCCAUGUUGGGCAGUCGUACUCUUUCUUAGUUACUAUGGAUCAGAAUGCAACUAGUGAUUACUACAUUGUGGCUAGUGCUCGGUUUGUAAAUGAAUCACUUUGGCAAAGAGUUACUGGUGUUGCCAUUUUGCACUAUACUAAUUCAAAGGGACCAGCAACUGGUCCUCUGCCUGAAGCACCCAGUGAUAUUUAUAACCAAUGGUCAGCAAUGAACCAGCCAAGAUCAAUCAGGCAGAAUACAUCAUCAAGUGGAGCCCGUCCGAAUCCACAAGGGUCCUUUCACUACGGAUCAAUCAAUGUCACCGACACAUAUGUGUUGAGGAGCUUGCCGCCUGAUACUAUUGAUGGGAAAUAUCGUGCUACAUUUAAUGGAAUAUCAUUUGUCAAUCCUGACACACCAAUUAGGCUUGCUGAUGUGCACAAAGUGAAGGGAUCUUACAAGUUGGAUUUUCCUGCGCGGCCACUUAAUAGACCUACUCUGAUGGACAGAUCAAUCAUUAAUGCAACAUACAAGGGAUUCAUAGAGGUCAUAUUGCAGAACAAUGAUACCAAAAUGAUGAGCUUUCACAUGGAUGGAUAUUCCUUUUUCGUGGUCGGGAUGGCUUUUGGCGUGUGGACUGAAGACAACAGAGGUUCAUAUAAUAAAUGGGAUGCCGUUUCUCGCUCCACGAUAGAGGUUUACCCUGGAGGAUGGACUGCUGUCCUCCUUUCUCUCGACAAUGUUGGUGUGUGGAAUAUGAGAGUAGAAAACCUUGAUCGAUGGUACCUAGGUCAAGAAACAUACAUGAAAAUUGUCAAUCCCGAAGAAAAUGGUGAAACCGAGAUGAGUCCUCCAGAAAAUGUCAUAUAUUGUGGUGCCCUUUCUUACUUGGAGAAGGGACAGAAUCAUGGGUCGUCAACAACAUCAAUACAUGGUGAAAAAUCAAAGCUGUUAUAUAGUCUGCUGUUGGCACUUUCUGCUGCGAUGCUCAUUAUAAGUUAGCCUCUUCAGCUGGUUUGAUGAGGACAAGGUUCUUAGAAAUGGAGGCAUGUCUGGUUUUUUUUUUCAUUGGUGGAAUAUAAUUGUUGGGGUUCGUUUGUAUUACAGAUUCAGAUUAGUUUUGAAAAUGGGGGGGUUGUGACCACAUACAUCGUUGAUGUUUUCUAGUUUUUCUGAAACAAAACUUGGUAGUUGUAGAUGCCCAGUGAAUUGUAAGAUGAUUGGGGAUCCAACGGAUUGACCAUUCUUUUAGUAUCCUUCUGAUUUCCCACAAAUGAAAUGAUUAAAACCCAAAUUUCAAUACAAA